CGCCCCCGCCCCCGGAGCCAGCCCGCGGAGCCCGCGGCCAGGGCGGCGCAGACCGGCCCAGCCACUCGCCCGGGCUGCGCGCCGGUACGCACUGCCGCCGCCGCUGCCGACGCGUCCGCCCUUCGCCCCCCGCUCCCGCGGCUCGCGGAGAGAAGGUCUCCACCCCUGGGCAGGAGAGGGGCUGUCCACAUUUGAGGCACGUCUGGUGCUUUCUGUGUUCUUGGACAGAACACCUACAGCUGCUUCCACAGGGCUAGGAGCCAGGCCUCAGGGACAGACAAGCCAUGGACUUCCCAUAGCCUCAGCAUUUGGGGGCAGCACCUUAGGAGAGCAGGGGCGCAGCCUCCAUCCACCCCCUUUCACCGUGAAGGAGGGAGCUGAGAAGCGGACCCUUAGCCCAGCCCAGCGCCCUCCCCAGGCCCCCGGUGGGCAUGGACCAGCAGCUGUGAACAGCCAGAGCCGAUGCCGGGCCCCCAGGGGGCCGGAGGAGCCCCGGCCAUGAACCUGGGCAAGCUCUCACCCGUGGGCUGGGUGUCCAGCUCGCAGGGGAAGAGGCGGCUGACUGCGGACAUGAUCAGCCCCCCACUGGGGGACUUCCGCCACACCAUGCACGUGGGCCGUGGCGGGGAUGUCUUCGGCGACACCUCCUUCCUCAGCAACCACGGUGGCAGCUCACGGGGCACCCACCGCUCGCCCCGCAGCUUCCUGGCCAAGAAGCUGCAGCUGAUGCGGAGGGUAGGGGCACCGCCCCGGAGGAUGGCUUCCCCACCUGCGCCCUCACCUGCUCCACCGGCCAUCUCCCCCAUCAUCAAGAACGCCAUCUCCCUGCCUCAGCUCAACCAGGCCGCCUACGACAGCCUCGUGGUGGGCAAGCUCAGAUUCGACCGCAGCCCUGUCACCUCCACAGACGGCCACUCCAGUUACGGCCUGGACUCCGGGUUCUGCACCAUCUCUCGCCUGCCUCGCCCAGAAAAGCCUCGUGACCGAGACCGUGAUAGCUCCUUCCCCUCUGAGCCUGAGCUUCGCCGCUCUGACUCCCUCCUGUCCUUGCGCCUGGACCUCGACCUGGGGCCCUCUCUCCUCAGUGAGCUGUUGGAGGUCAUGAGCCUCUCAGAAGGCUCUGCAGCCGACACCCCAGCCCCACCCCCUGCUGCAAAUCCCCCAGCCCCUGUUGCAAACCCCCCGACCCCUGCCUCAAGCCCCCCACCCCGUGGACAGUGCCCCAAUGGGGUAACCCCGGGGUUGGGCCCAACGGCCGAGGCGAGGGCCAGCCCGGUAGGAGAGCGUCCCUGUGCACCUGCUGACGUGGGCCCCGGCAGGCACUGGGGAGCAGGCUGGGGUGGCCGCCAAAGCAGCCGCCACUACACUGAGAUGGAUGCUCGGCGGGAGCUGGUGGAGGUGCUGCCCCAGGCUCGGGCCUCUUGGGAGAGCCUGGACGAAGAGUGGGGGCCACCGCAGGCAGGCAGCAGGGCCCCCGUGCCCAGCACGGUGCAAGCCAACACCUUCAAGUUUGCUGAAGCUGAGGAGGAUGACGAGGUCAAGGUGUGAGCGGCUGGGCAUGGGCUCAGGACCCCAGCCAGCCUCGGGGCACCGCCUGUGAACUGCCCGCGUGCAGAGCCAGCCCCUCACCUGACAGCUGGGUCCCACCAAUGAAAGAUGGGAGAACCCAAGUUGUCCCCAGACCCCUCCACACCUCUGCAGGACAGACAUGGGAGGGAGGCCAGAGGAGACCAGGCUUGUCCCGGGACCCGGGUGUUCCCAUGGGCCAUGCUGGGCCGCCCUGCCUCCCCCCACUGCCACUCUGGACCCAGUAGCCGUUCCUCGGGCCCACCCGCCACCCCAGGCCGUCCCCACCAGCUGGAGGGCCUCGCCUCACAGUGCAGCCUUUGUGCUGGGAAAGCUGCCCUUGCUGGGUGGGGGUGGGGAGCAUAGCACAUAGAGCCUUUGUCCCCUCUCCCAGAGGGACUGCCUGCCCCAGCUCAUCCUGGAGUUGCCCCCAGCAGGGUCCCCACUGCCUUUCUGAGAGCCCCAGCCCUUGCUAAGGCUGCUUCCCCGACAUUCCCCCCGCCACCCCACUUGUCCCAGAAGCCUCAGAGAAAAGUCAGGUGUGACCUCACAGUGGGGGAAUCCCACCUUCCCGUGCACCCCAGACCUGCCUCUGGGUCCUGAUUAAAGAAGGCUUUUUUGAUAAAAGGUGUCCUGCAAGAUGCUUGAGGACCUGGGAGGACAGUGUCAGCGCCACCUGCUUGAGUCCCCUGAGCACUGGGUUUGGAAAGCCAAGGACUCCCCCAGGGGGCCCCAGUGAGGGGAGGGGCCGAGGCACUGGGUAAUGAGUAAUUAGGCCGGAAUGAAUAGCCCUGAGAUAAGAGGCCCAGGUGGGAGCCCUUAUCUAUAGUUCCGGGAACAGCCCCUGGCCCAGGUGCCUGGAACCAUAAUCCCACAGGGCAGCUUGGCACUUGCCCUGGUGACAAAAGGGGACAAGCAGGCAGGACUGGUGGCUUAGAGGUGUUCGGGAGCACGUCCCAACCCCCAGCCCCCACUUGGCAGUCCAAGGACCUUAUGCCUCAGUUUCCUCAUCUGUAUCAUGAGGAUGCUGGGAGCAUUAAAAUAAUGGAAAGCACCACAGUUCCUACCACGGAAAGACUCUAUAAAGGUGGAUUCUUUUGUUGGUUCUUAGCCUUGGGGGAUGAGCGCAGAGGGUUAGGAACAGCAGAUGGGAAGCCGGGACCCAAGGGCUGCUGAUUCCGUGUGACUGGCGGUAGCUGGGGG